AGCAAUAUAGUAUUUUUACCUUUUACGUUUUGCUUCGUUUUUGUUUCUCUCUCUAACUCCCCGCGCCCUCCGUUUCCGUUACACCAUUUUCUUUUCUUUUUCAUUCAUGUACUUAUUUGCUCAUGUUAGUGUUCAUGCUUUCUUCACUUUCUUCGCUCAUAUGCAGCAGCAGCAGUAGUUGAAUCGAACACCUUCUUCCAUUUAACACAAAACGCAUUCAUUCGAAUAGGUACCAAACAAACAAACUCUUUUUCAACCUCGUUGCGGAUCUUAGAUGCGCGCCCCCACCGUAAGAAACCUGUGCACCCUCGGCACCCUUUUCCGCUUGAAAGCCCGCAAACCCCGCGCCAACGUUGUACCCUUCACGGAGCCUUCUCCGGAGUCCGAACUGCAUCUCUCAGAAAUUGGCAUUGGCGACUCCUUCCAAGGGAAUUCGGCUGACGAGGAUGCGGAUACUAGUCAGCUUAGUGCUAUAUUGUGCCCUACAGAGAUCAAGGUGUCUGGUUCAGAGGAAAUUGAUGAUGAUGAAGAAAAAGGGAAAAGUGCUAUAGAUAUGCCGUGGAUGCCGGAACUGUUUCAUGGUAAUUUAUUGGUGAAACGAAAGGAGGUAACGCGUGACAGGAAACAAAAGUGGAUUUUUAAGUACACGAAUGAUGACCGUUUCGACAGGUUAAUUAAAUUGUGUGCAGAUAAACUAGGAACAGGAAAGACUGUUAAUGUGUUUGGUUGCUUGGGUCGAGAAACGGGUGUGAAAGAGUACACUGCAUUGAUAAAAAUGUGCAUAAAGAAGGCUAGGGCAACUGACGAUGAAUUCGUUGCUGUAAGAGAAAUGAGUAAGGCCUUUCACCUUUUCAAAUCAAUGAGAGAUCUUGGGCAUCCACUCGAAGAGAAAACAUAUGGUCCACUUAUUCAGUAUAUAUCUGAUAUGGGUUUGGUUCAAGAAUUUCAACUUCUCUCUGAUGUUAUCAAAGCUGAGAAUCCUAGUUCAGCUUCACGAUUGGGUUACUAUGAAAUGUUGCUGUGGUUAAGAGUUGAUGAUGAAGAAAUGAUCCGGGAUAUUUGUGAAUAUAUUACAGUUGAAGAUAGUGAAGACACUUCUGCUUUACGAGAAAGUUACUUGAAGGCUCUUUGUGAAAGUGAUCGAAAAAACCAUAUUUUGGAUGUGGUGAAGAAUAUAGACAUCACAAAGCUUUCAUCUGCAAAAUCUAUUGCCAAUAUAUUCCAAGCAUUAGGCAGGCUACUGCUGGAAUCUGUCGCGGAUGAUUUACUUUUGGAUUUGAGAGCACGUGAUCAUGAUGCAGAUAAUAUUUCAAACUUCAUUGUUAGUUAUGCUGUUAGCAUUCCAAAUUUAGCGGUUGAGGAUAUCAUCCAAAAAUUCACGAAUAUGCAUGAAUUACUGGACGUGUUGCCUUCAUCCUCUUCAUAUGAAAAGCUCAUUUUGCAUUGCUGUGGCUUAGACAAGGUGGACUUAGCUCUUGAUGUUGUUGAAAAAAUGUGUGAAGCUGGAUUUACCUUGUCAACUGAGGUGUUACAAUUCAUAUUACAAACCUGUGAAGAAUCUUAUGAAUAUAUUUUGGUCCACCAAAUCUAUUCCAUAAUAUCUCGCUAUCAUUUGGAGUUGAAUGGUGAAAUAUGCAGGUGUCUGGUACACUUUUGCGUGAGGAUGAAAAAUUUUGAAGGUGCAUACAAGAUGAUUCAUGACUUGGAGGAAAUGAAUUUCAAAGCUACAGCGAACAUGUAUAAUGCUAUAAUGGCAGGAUAUUUUCGAGAGAAAAACAUCAGUGGUGGGUUGAGGGUCUUCAAGCACAUGAAAGAUGUCAAUGUAAAACCUGAUUCUCAGACUUUCUUCUAUUUGAUCGGCAAUUGUGAAACGGAAGAGGAUAUAAUCAAGUAUUGUGAAGAAAUGCAGCAAGCUAGAGUCCAAGCUACAAAACAAAUUUUUAUGGCCCUUAUUAAUUCAUAUGCAACUUGUGGAAAAUUGGAGAAGGCAAAACAGGUACUUUUAGAUCCAGACAUACCAAACAAGAGCUUAAAUGAAAUCAAGAGUGUACUUGUCUCAACUCUUGCAUCACAUGGGCAAUUGUCCGAGGCUCUUCUUGUAUAUGAGGAGAUUAAGAAAGCUGGAUAUAAUUUGGAGCCAAAAGCUGUUAUAAGUCUUAUUGAGGAGUUCACUCAAUUCAAUGGGGAAUUGGAUGGGCUGCUGCUUCUACUUAAGGAAGUGAGUGAUCUAGACUAUUGGGUUGAUGGUUGCUUCAAGGUUAUCAUGUAUUGUAUACGGAUCAAGAAUUUGAGUUCUGCUAUUCUCUUGUGCAAGCAACUCAAGGAUAAGUUUGAAAAUGAUGAAAUAGUAAUGGAAUCUCUUUUUGAUGCGGUAUUUUCUUUAAUUGCAGCAUCCGAGUCCACUCAUUUACAGAUUGGCCUAGACUUGCUUUGGGCAAUCAAGGAUGAGCUUGGCCUUAUGCCUUCACGACAGUGUCUUGAUUUUCUUCUAAGUGCUUGUGCGAAUGCCGGAGAUUUAAAUAAUGCUCGCUUGAUUUGGAGAGAAUACGAGGUUUCUGGAUUUCCUUACAAUGUAUUAAGUUACUUGAGGCACUUUUGGCAGCAGGAGAUGAUAGAUCUGCUCACUUUAUGCUUAAGAAAAUUCCACAAGAUGAUGCCGAGGUUUGUUCUGUCAUCAUAGCUUGUCAGAAAACUUACAAUGGUUUUAAUUCUGUAGGAGGGAAGAAAAAGCAAGGAAAAAUAAAAAAGAAAGAAAAGAGUAAGACUUGAGUACUAGUUCCAUCUUGGGAAGAGAGAUACCCAAUUUUUGUUUGGCUUUAGAAAUAUGCUUAACAAAGGGUGAUGCACCUAAUUUAAUAUUUACUUAACCUAUUGAUUAUCAUUGUAGAUGUUGGUUCCAAUUAAUUAUAUUGAGGGUGGUCCUACGUGAUUCAGAAUAGGCCUGUAGCCGAGCUAAAUGGUACUUUUGGGUUCUCAUGUUGUAGGCUAAUUGUAUCCCAUAUUAUAGCCUUUCAUUUGUGGCUUGGAAAGGGGCCUUUCGGGUAUGAAGAAGGCUUUUCACUUUUUCUCUUAUAGUGUGUUAGAAUGAGAAAUUUAAAUGAAAUAAUUUAUUUGUUUUUUUUAAGAAUUUUAAAUGCUGAGUUGAAAUGUGUUGUUUGAAUAGAUAAUUUUUAAAGAAUUUGAAA